CCAUUUCCGAAGCUUCUCUUCCUCAGCUUCUCAAACCCUAGCCCUAACCCUCGAAAUCCUAGAAUUCAGUCCACCGACGAUCAACAAUGGUUUGCAUACGCAAAGCGACUAUCGACGACCUCCUUGCAAUGCAAGCCUGCAAUCUCCUCUGCCUCCCAGAGAACUACCAGAUGAAGUACUACCUCUACCACAUCCUCUCGUGGCCACAGCUCCUCUACGUCGCCGAAGAUUACAACGGCCGCAUCGUCGGCUACGUGCUCGCUAAGAUGGAGGAGGAAAGCUCCGAGUGCCACGGCCACAUCACCUCCCUGGCCGUGCUCCGGACGCACCGCAAACUCGGCCUGGCCACCAAGCUUAUGACUGCCGCGCAAAACGCCAUGGAGCAGGUGUUCGGGGCCGAGUACGUCUCGCUACAUGUGCGGAAGAGUAAUAGGGCAGCGUUUAAUUUGUAUACGGAGACCCUGGGCUAUAAGAUUCAUGAUGUGGAGGCGAAAUAUUAUGCGGAUGGUGAGGAUGCGUAUGAUAUGAGGAAGCAGCUUAAAGGAAAGCAAGUUGGCCACCACCAUCAUCAUCAUCAUCACCAUCACCACCAUCACGGAGGUGGAUGUUGCGGUGGAGAACCGAAGCUCGUGGAGACGAAGGGAGAGGCAAAGGCUGAGGCGAAAGCAGAGUGAUUUUGGAGGCUGAUAUAUCUGAAGGGUUCAUCACACUCGUCUCUUUAUCACUCAAUCUGAUACAUGCCAUGGUUGUCCUUUUUUGUAAACCUUCAGCUGAUCUCUAUGUAUGCUUGAUCAGCCCUUGCAUGUAAUAGCUGUUGGCUUCCCAUUGUUAACUUGAUUUGUGGAAGUAUUUGUUGGACAAAGGAUCUUCAUUUUGGGUUAGCCAGAAACAUUGAUUUCUCAAA